GCAUCACUAGUCAAAUUGGAGGGCAGGUGGCAAGAUUCAGCCGAAGUCCCUCUGCAAAAGUCAGGAGAGGCGCAACCUCGUGGUUUUAGCCAGCCCAUUUUCACUAUCCAUAAGCUGCUACUAAACGCAUCUGAUUUUGGCCAGCCCAGCCUAUACAAUACCACUUUCCUUGAUAUUUUCGUGCUGCCCAUUCCAUUUACCGUAUAUUCUGAAUGGUACUCUAAUGGUAGUCCGCAAAAACUCUUGAAUAAGUUGCCGGAUCGUGAAUCUGCUACUCAACUUCGACAUCAGCCCUCCAAAGCUUCAUCAUUUUCCUUGUCUUCUUCUUAUUCCUCCUCCUCGUCGCUGAAUACUUUGACAAAAAACUUUUCUACUUCAAGCUUCGAUCGGGAUCUUGUCAUCAUGAUAGCAAUGAUCGCAUUCACACUGGUUGUGUCUUUGGUACUCAUUGCUGCAAUCCUAUUUUUACGCUGUCGACAAUCUGGUAGUUCUAGCGGAAAUAGAAAUUUAUGCAGACCUGGCUGUAAUGAGCAAGAUACAGGUUGUUUGUCAUUUUUCGACACUUUUCAAAGUUGUUUUGGGGCCUGCUGUCACCCAUAUUUUUUCCGGUCUAAUGCCCGUGCUAUAAUGUCUGCUUGUCCGACUAUAUGCAGGAGAAAUCGCUGCGAUGGAAUCAGCUCAGAAGACUGGCUUUCAAGUCGAGUGAGAGAUUCACCCGAUUACAAGAUAAACUUGCGUCAGAUAUGGGGCGUUGAUGAUGAAAAUAGUGCUAAUGUUGGACUAUUUAGACCCGUCAAUGACAUAAAACAUUGUAUUGGACAAUAUCAACUGGCUUCUAUGGAGAGUGGAUUGCCCAAGUCACUCGGCUCAGAUGGUAUGAAAUUGUUUUUCUUAAAUUAUUUUGGUCAUAAAAUGCUAUAA